UUCUGGCACUUGUGCGUGGAAGUGGGUCCUAGGUUGUUUGUACAUGAACGUAUUCUGGUUUGUCUUCAGCCGAAGAGCCAUGUGGUUACCUGCCGUGGAGUUUCAGAGAGAGACAAGCAGUUGUUAAAGCCUCACUCAGAUGGAAUCCAUGGAGGUAGACCCCAUCGAAGUAAUCCAAGGAGACGCCAGUGGACAUCCACAAGUUGCUGUUACAGGCCAGGCUGACGACACCGAUCCUCCUCUUGUAAUUCUUGACUCUGGCAGUAGUACUGAAGUAGAUGACGAUGAAGAUGAUAGCAAUGAAGCACCGGGGGCAGCUCAGGCUCCACCAAGACUUCCUGCAACAUGGGCAUUUAGUCAGCGGGCAGUUGGCAGGACUGCAACUCGAGGGGCUCCUAUCCGAAGAAGGCUCAGGCAGGGCCUCAGAGUGCAUUACCCCAGCCAGACUUCAGCACCAUCCAGGGGCUUCCCGGACUUUCUGCUAAGAGCCCCGGCUGCCAGUGUAGCUGAGCCGGAGUCUGGCAGCACCUCAGAGGUCAGCGAGUCAGAUGAGGAGGACCAAGCUGCUCAAGGAAGAGGUGAAGGAACCACAGUUUCUGCUGCGCUGCCAGCUGACCCCCUUCAACCUGCUCUACAACUCAACCCCUCUCAGCAUGCACAACCACAGGAUACAGAAUCAGUCGGUUCCAGUCUAGCUGCUGACAACAAAAGGACAGAAGGUCUCAGUCAGGACAUGCAGGCUGUGGGAGCCCCACCUUCCAUCCAGCCGGCUCAGAACGAGGAGGGUGAAGGAGACACGUGUACUAUUUGCUUCGAGGCCUGGACGACUGCAGGAGAACACAGGCUUUCAGCUCUACGCUGUGGACACUUGUUCGGCUUCACCUGCAUUCAGCGCUGGUUAAAAGCCCAGGGACAGGCGGCUAAAUGUCCACAGUGUAACAAGAAAGCUAAGCGCACAGACAUCGUGAUGCUGUACGCUCCCAAGCUGAGAGCGCUGGACAACACCGAGCAAGAGAGUUUAAAAAAGACUCUGGAGAACGAACAGACCCUGAGGCGGAGGGCUGAAAUGGAGACGGCUGAGUACAAACUGAAACUGCAGGUCAUCAGCAACAAAUAUGGACAGGUGGAGAAGGAGUUGCAGGAACUGAAAUCUCUGAUGGCCCAGGCUGGUAGAAGCUCCUCUCUGUCUUCGUCAUCCUCCUCCUCUUCCACACUCUGGUCAGCAUCAGGCCUCACCCUCACUCAGAAGGCCGAUGGCUCCAAAGUGGCUCAGUACAGCUUUUCUAAAGCGGUGUUAGUGUCCCAGGCUGGAGGCUGCAGGGUUUUGUCUUUCUGUGAACCUCUGAGUUGCCUGCUGGCCUCGCAGCCUUCGCCUCACUCCACUCUGGUUCCUGGCUGUGGGGUGAAAAAGGUGAGUGUUGUAAACAUGAAGGCGAGUCAGUACGUUCCCAUCCACAGUAAACAGAUCAGAGGCCUGUCCUUCAACAGACAGAACGACAGCCUGCUGCUGUCUGCAGCCCUGGACAACACUAUCAAACUCACCAGUCUGCUGACCAACACAGUGGUUCAGACCUACAACACAGGUAAACCGGUGUGGAGUUGCUGCUGGUCUUUGGACCACAGUAACUAUGUGUAUGCUGGUUUGAGCAAUGGCUCUGUGCUGGUGUACGACACCAGAGACACCAGUACACACGUGCAGGAGCUGGAGCCGCUGCGCUCUAGAUGUCCAGUGGCGUCUCUUUGUUACAUCCCUCGGGCAGUUUCCAACUCCUUUCCCUGUGGUGGGCUCAUUGCUGGGUCCCUUGAGGGCGGGUGUUUCUGGGAGCACGUCAAUGAGACCUCGUACAGACCAAACAUCCUGCCGCUGGAAUCAGCAGGCUGUACGGACAUUCAGGUGGAGCCUGAGAGCCGCCACUGUCUGGUCACAUACAGGCCAGGACGUUCCAACCCGUUCCUACGCUGCGCCCUGAUGGCUCUGAAGAGAUCGUCUGAGCAGGAGUCGGGUCAGCUUCCCAUCUGCUCCUGUUCUCCAGUCCAGAUGUUCAACGCUGGCUCCUCCUGUAAACUGCUCACGAAGAAUGCAGUUUUCAGAAGUCCAGAUGGAGUGGGGACGCUGGUCUGUGCUGGAGACGAGGCCUCCAAUUCCACCAUGGUGUGGGACGCUGGCAGUGGCUCUCUGCUUCAGAAACUCCCAGCCGACCUCCCGGUUUUGGACAUUAGUCCUUUCUCUUUGAAUGGGGAACACUUCUUGGGCGCCUUGACGGAGAAGAUGCUGAAAGUCUACAAGUGGGAAUAAAUCCUCAAAAUGACCACAGUGUAAGAGCACAAGGAAACUGUGGGCUUGACACAAAAUGCUGCUACUUUUUGAAACAAGUUUCUUACUCAGAAAUCAACCUACCGUAUGUUUUUUUUUUUAAACCAAACAUUGACCUACACAGUGAACCCACAAUUCCCCUGGAUUCUGAGGACUCAGGCUCGUUAAAGUUGUGCUGCACACCAAGCUUACAGAAAGUAAAAAGUAGCAGGACAGUCUUUCUGGUGCUCCGCACUGGUUGGUAUCAGCUGACAUCAGUGCAUUGGCAAGGUGGAGCUCUUAAACUACAAACUCAUUCACCCAAUCAGUUUUUCGCUCUGUGUUUACUGUGAACCAGACUAUAGUGUGUGUGAAGCUUGGUAAACUUGUCUAAUCCAGUUAAGUAAAUUUUAUGUAAUUAUGGUAAAUAUUCCAGUGACUGCACAGAC